GGAGGAAAAGAGGGGAGGGGAAGAGGGGUAGGAGGAAGAGGAGAAGACGGGAGAAAAGGGAAGGAGAAGAUGAGAGAGAGGAGGGAGGGGAACAGAAACAGGGGAGGGAGGAGAAGGAGAGGAAGGGAGAAAGGGGAAUGAGAGGAGGGGAGGGAGGGGAAGGAGGAAAAGCGGAGAGAGGGGAAGCUGAACCGGGGAGGUAGGGGAAGGAGAAGAGGGGAGAGAGGGAGAGGAGCCCACAGAGGAGGUAGCUAUGGGGGUCCCGGCGGUGGUGGAGGGGAGGAAUGCGGAGCCGCAACAGCUGUCUCCAGCCGCGAGAAGAGUGAUACAGAAAGUCAAUGCACAGAGAGGUAGAGGGUCUGAUCCUGCAAUCAGAUCGAUUCCUGUCGAGCAAUGGACCGAUGACGAGUGGAAGGAGUAUGUUGGCAUCACAAGGACAUUCUGCGCAGACGAUACCCAUACUGUUCACUCCGACCAUCUCGCCAAACAUCAUUUGUGUGUGUGUCGUCUGUGCCGAUGUGGCAAGCAUCCAUGUCCUAAGAAGCCAUGGUCCUCUCAUUUCGUUGAAGACCCGCUGUCAGAGUACCGACAUAAAUACCCCCCGCGGGAUGUGGGACCUCGCCCGAGACGGCCUCCACGGCCGCUGGAGGUAAGCGAUGCACCCUUCAUCGACAGGACAACUCACCGAGACGACUUCACACCUAAGCCUCACCAGAAGAGGGAUCCCACUUGGCGGGAGAAGCCUAAAGAUCCCGACUUUCCACCCCGGGUGGUGAAUCCGGGAUCAGAGUACCAGACCAAGUACAAGGAACACCCAGUCCUCCCAAAGUUCUGCCGAGAUCGGGAAAGGAGUUAUGCCGGAGAGGUCCCUUUCCUUGGCAAUUCCACUUACGACACCGACUACGACCCGAAGAAAACGUCCAACGUCGAGAGAAGUAGGCAAACUCCUCCCGGGAGGGGUGACAAGUGGUCGAAACUCCCUAGAAAGUUCGAUGAAGGGACCAUUUACAAGGAUGAGUAUCGCAAGUGGCCAUUGCAGAAGAGGAAACCCAAAGAGAAGGCACCCAUCGAGACGCUACCCUUUGCUGGGGCCUCGACGUACGACACUGAUUUCGACCCCAAAAAGGCCUCGAAGGUCGAGAAGGGCCGCCAAACCCCCUUGGGGAGGAAUGAAAUGUGGGCGGAACUUCCUCGGAAGUUUGAUGGAGGGUCCAUAUACACGGACGACUACCUAAAGUGGCCGUUGGAGAAAAGCCCCCCCAGAGAGAGGGCACCACCCCCUGAGAUACUGCCAUUUGCCGGGGCUUCAACGUACGACACCGACUACGACCCCAAACAAGCAUCGAAGGUGGAGAAGGCCCGACAAACUCCACCAGGAAGGUGCGAGAGGUGGUCGCGCCUUCCACGAAAGUUCGAUGGAGGUACCAUCUACACAGACGAGUAUCUGAAGUGGCCCCUGCAGAAGAGGAAGGGCAAGGAGAAGCCAACGAUCGAGACUAUACCGUUUGCCGGGGCCUCGACGUACGACACAGACUACGACCCGAAGAAGACAUCGAAGGUGGAGAAGGGCCGGCAGACCCCCUUAGGCAGGUCAGGAAAAAGGCACAUCUUUGUGAUAGUGGACCGCUUUUCUAAGUACGCAGGACUUAUCACUAUGCCAGAAACUGCUAAAACUGAUUACGCCAUCAAACUGUUUCUGGAUAACUGGGUCAGGGAUUUUGGACUACCUACGUCGAUAGUAAGUGACAAGGAUGUAAGGUUUACCAGCGAACUGUGGCAAACGACAACUGAACAGAUGGGUACCAAGCUCCAAAUGACGUCAGGGAAUCACCCUGAGUCAAAUGGCCAGGCAGAACAGAUGAACCGGGUAGUACAGCACCUGCUUCGGCAUUAUAUUAAGCCGAGUCAGGAUGACUGGGACGAGAAGUUACCUCUCGUCGCCAGCCUGUACCACAAUGCCGUGCACAGUACUACUGGUAUGACUCCCAACCAGCUGCAUCUUGGUUGGAAGCCCAAAAGUGCACUUGACUUUCUGCUACCAGAAAGGCAACCCACUGCAGCACUUGGCAGCAUAGAGUUUCCUGUGCAGUAUGAGCAGAUGCUGCAGCAGGCCGUUGAACAUAUCAGGAAGUCUCAGGAUGCUAUGAUUGCAUGUGAGAAUAAACAUAGACGGCCCUCUAACUUUCACGUAGGUGAUAGAGUCUGGGUGAAGUCAUCUGAACCGGGUCAAGAGAUGGGGAUUUCACGAAAACUGAUGCCACAGUACUUUGGGCCCUGGGAGAUCCUGGACAUUGUGGGGGAUCAACCGGAUGGGCCCUCAUACGUGAUUCGCACCGCUCCACACUUGCGCACUUACCCUGUUUUCCAUGCAUCCAAGUUGGCACCUUUCGCUGCCACAGAUCAGUUUCCCUCCAAGAGAUCAAUUCUGCCCCCAACCAUGGAUGGCGAAGUGGACAUAGACCAGAUCGUGGAGCAUCGUCUGAUGCCUGUUCCUCGACCACCGGGCAGAGGCUGCCCUCCUAAGCCAAAAAUGCAGUACCAGGUCAGAUUCAGACAUCAUCUAGACCCCAACGAAGAUCGGUGGUUCACCAGAGAAGAACUCAUGAGAACUGCACCUCAAGUCAUUGCAGGCUAUGAAAGAGAUCUUAAAGGGAAGAUGCCUGCAGAAUAGAAAACUUCUCAGAGGACUAUCGAAGUACAGGAGGAGGGAAUGCGAGGAAUCUGGGUCCUCGGCAGGCCUACGGGGCCCCUGCAGC